AUGGGAGGGUCCCUGGGGGGACGCCGGCCCUUGGAGGAUCCCUACAGGUCGCCUUCGUGUCUGGAUGGGUCUUCAGGGAUCCGCUGCCCCUGGAAGGGUUUCUGGAAGGGUCAGGGUGCCGCCGUCCAUGGGAAGGUCCCUGGGGGCACCACUGUCCCCGGAACGUCUCUAGGGGUGCCGACACCCCUGGAAGGGUUCAGUGGGUUUCGCAACCCCAUCCAGGGACCCUCCCAGGGGUGGAAGCGCAUGCAAGGACCAUCCCAAGGGCGGCGACGCCCUCAGCAACCCUCCCAGGGCCGGCGGUGCUCACAGGGACCCUCUCAGGGACGGUGGUGCCCUGCAGGGAUCCUCACGGGGAUGGUGACCCCCCAAGGAUUCUCUAAUGGCCGACGGUGCCCCCCAGGGACAUUCCCAUGGACAGCGGCCCCCCCAGUUACCCAUCCUGGGACCCUCCCAGGGACGGCAGUGCACACAUGGGCCAUUUCAGGGGAGGCAGCUCCCCAUGAACCCUCCCAAGGGCACAGUGGCAUCCAGGAAUCAUCCCAGGAAUCAUCCCAGGGUCCCACUCAGAGGCGGCAGCGCUCCCAGGGGUCCUCCCAAGGACGACGACGCCUCCAGGGGCCCUGUCAGCGGCGUUGGCGCCCCCAGGGACACCCCCAGAUGCGGUGGCUCCCCCAGGGACCUUUUCAAGAGCGGCGGCGCCCACAGCGGCCGUCUCAAGGACAGUGGAUGCUCUCUCAGGGAUGGCGGCGAAUCCAGAGUCCCUCCCAGGGGCAGUGA